GUCACAAACUAGAGGGAGAUCAUGUGCCUCACGUGACCGGAGGCGAGCCUCGGCCCCGAGGGAGUUGCGAUGCGGGGAAGGGAAGGAGGGCCGAUGAUCCCCGACUGGUCGCAUUUCUCGUCCACCUCCUGAUCUCAUCGCCUUCUCCAUCUCCUUCUCCAUCUCCUCUCACUCACUCACUCACUCACGCGCCGGUCGCAUUCCUCCUCCACCACCACCACCACCACCAUGUCCCAACCCCCCACCAACCCGAUCCCGUUCUCCGAACCGCCCUACCUCUGCGGCCUCCCCUCACCAUACUACACCGCCAGCCACCGACGAUUCCAAAAAGCCUGUCGCGACUUCAUGUGGGAGCAUCUGCUCCGCCACGCCCUGGAAUACGAGAGGGCCGGGGAGGUGCCAGAGCAUGUGUACACGACGUUCUGCAAACAUAACAUGCUGCUCCCGAACAUGGGGGCGCCGUUGCCGGUGGAAUGGCUGCACCGACUCGGGAUAUAUGAUAUCCUGGGGGUGAAAGUGGAGGAGUGGGAUUAUAUGUAUUCGGGGAUAUAUUUUGAUGAGCUCGCUCGCUCCGGCCUCGCCGGCCCCGGAUCCUCGCUAAACGCAGGCUUCACGUUCGCCAUCCCGCCGAUCCUCAAGUACGCCAGUCCCGAAUUCCAAGAGCGGUUUCUCCCCGAGCUCCUCACGGGGCAGAAGCGGUGCUGCAUCGCCAUCACGGAGCCGGAGGCCGGCAGCGACGUGGCCAACAUCACCACGACGGCGACCAAGACUGCCGAUGGGAAAUAUUAUAUCGUGAAUGGGACGAAGAAAUGGAUAACAAACGGCAUCUGGUCCUCCUACGCCACCAUGGCCGUGCGCACCGGCCCCCCGGGCGCCGCCGGCCUCUCCGUCCUGCUGGUCCCCCUCCAAAACCAACCCGGGGUAAGCAUGCGCCGCCUGCACGUAAGCGGCCAACUCACCAGCGGCACCACAUACAUAACCCUCGAGGACGUCCACGUGCCGGUAACCAACCUGAUCGGGCCCGAAAACCACGGAAUGCAAAUCAUCAUGAAGAACUUCAACCACGAGCGCCUCUCGAUCGCGGUCGGGGUAACCCGAUCCGCGCGGGUGGCCCUCUCAACCGCAUUCGCCUACUGUCUCCGGCGGGAAGCGUUCGGGAAGGCCCUGAUGGAGCAGGCAGUCGUCAGGCAUCGUCUUGCGAAAGCGGGGGCGGAGCUGGAGACCAUGUGGGCAUUUCUGGAGCAGCUGCUAUACCAGCUUUGCCAUUUGGAGAAGGAGGAGGCGGAUCGGAGACUUGGGGCGGAGGUGCCCGGGGCGAGGAUCCCUGGCGGGAGUGAGGAUGUCUUGUUGGAUCUGGCGGUGAGGCAGUUGGUGAAGAUUUAUACCAGGGGGGAGGGGGAGAAGGCGAGGAUGUAGAGAUUCUUUUCGAGAUCUCGGGGUUUGGCUAGCUUACUGUGAUUUAAAGGGAGGGCUUCCAGUUUACAAGGUAAUUGUGGGUCUGGUUUGUGGAUUAAUUUGGAGUUACAGGUAUGGUGCUCAGAUGCAGCUUCAUGUAUAUCGCGUGUUUCGGAGCUUAUGACAGAGGUUCAUUUAUACUGAAGUUUG